AUGAUUGGGGAGGAGCCUAGACCGAGUGACCCCACGCUGCAGGAAGAUUGGGACGAGCGCUCCUCGGCUGGCUACUAUUUGAUGUCGCAGAGUUUGGAGCUGAACCAGCGUCACCACGUCAUGCACCUGCUGCCGGAGGUUGAAUGCGGUCCGAAGGCGUGGACCGUGUUGAAGGAGCUGCACGCCCCGACCUCCGUUGUCGCAACGUUGAUGCUGGAGAGGGAGCUGUCCGCGUUGCGCCUGAGCGAGGGAGAGCCGGUGCAACCAGUCCUGGACAAGAUGCGCGACCUCUACGCGAAGUUGGCGACCGCGGGAAUCACCUACCCGGAGCAGACCAAGUGCUUGAAGAUGCUCUCGCUGCUGCCGGAAUCGUGGCUUCAAUUUACGAGCGGAUUGAGCCUGCCGCAGAACCAGAGCUUGUGGACACUCGAGUGGGUGCGGACGAAGAUUCUGGAGGAGGACUUCCGUCGCCGCCAACUGAGGGGUGGAGACGACGGCAGCAGCGGCUACGGGAUGCAAGGGAGCCGACGUGGCAGAGGACGUGGCUUCGGUGGUGCUGGACGCGGUGCAAAGAAAGACGACGACUCCAACGACCAACAAGGAGGUACCGGUUGGGGUCGCGGUGCGAAAUCUGGACGUGGGGGCAAGUCGGGUGCUGGUGGCAAAAUGAAAGGGAGUUGCUGGUAUUGUGAGAAGGAAGGGCACCCCUGGUUUUUGUGCUAUAAGAAACCCGAUGGAUGGACCCCCCAGAAUCGUCACCAGGAUGGCGGCGCGCGGAGGAACCAGAAAAACGGCGCCAACAUGGUCGCUGAUUCGUCCGACAACAACCCGAAGGGCAACGGCGGUGCGGAGAAGAAGAAGGAGCGCACCGCGGGCCAAUUCUUCCAUGUGGGAGACAAGGGGGAGCAAGGAGACGCCUCUGCCAAAGUUGGAGCAGAGCUGCACCCCCUAGACUAUUGGGUGUUGGACACAGGCGCUGCUUGGACGAUGACGCCGCGCAAGGACCUGCUGGACGAAGUACGAGCUGCACCGAUCAAUGAAGUGUGCUCCGCCUCUGGACACAUGUUGAAGGUGGCUGGUGCGGGACGAGCUGCGUUUAAGGGAGCGGAUGGCAAGCCGGUGGUGCUGCACGACGUUCUCUUCGUCCCCGACCUGAAGGCCAACCUUAUCUCCCUCCGUAAGCUUGGCAAGGCUGGGGUGAACACCAACACGGAUGGGGCACGCACUUAUAAGGGGAAGCUGGGCAAUCGGGUGCUUUGGGAUCUGCACGAGAGCAAGGACGUGUACAGAUCUAUGUGGCAGCUGCCGGCCCUGGCGUGGCAUGGUGGGGGGCAGGCUGGAGAGGGGUCUGCAUCCCAGGGGGAGUGCAAUGCCGUUGGAGGGGGGCUGGAGAAGGAUGGAGCCGUUAAGGGUCUGAAGCUGAACGGACAGCCACCCGAUGACAACUGUGAAAUCUGUUUGCUUUCAAAGUUCACCCGUUUCCCUUUCCAUAGUGUGGCUGGCAGGAGCAAGAAGCCUUUGGAGCUGGUCCACAUGGACUUGGUGGGGCCGCUGCCGGUGCAAGGGCACAAGGGGGAGCGGUAUUUUCUUACAAUUGUGGAUGACUGGAGCAGGCUGAUGUGGGCGUAUCCGCUGAAGCAGAAGGACCACGCCGCCUCCACGAUACGGGACGAUUGGCUGCCAUUCGUGGAGAAGCAGGCGGAGUGUGUAGUGAAGCGGAUUAGGACAGACCGGGGUGGUGAGUUCCUUGGAGCUGAAAUGACGGCCUGGCUCAAGAAGCAGGGCAUCCAGAGAGAGCUGACCACGGCUUAUACCCCACAGUCCAAUGGUGUAGCAGAACGGGCAAACCGGACCAUUCUGGAGACAGCUAGGGCGCUGCUCAUAGAAUCUGGGCUGAGCAACUCUAUGUGGCCUCAUGCUGUCCGGCACGCCACCGUCGCUAGGAACAGGGUGCUCACCAAGGUUGGGGAUGACUCGUGGGUGCCGUUGGAGAGGUGGCUUGGGAGGAAGCCGCCGGUGGACAUGCUGAGGGUGUUCGGUUGCAUGGCAGUCGCCCACGUCCCCAAGACCUACCGCAGUAAGUUGGGGGCGAGUGCAAUCUGGUGUGUGCAUUUGGGGCUGGCUGCUGAGAGCAAGGGAUGGCUGCUGUGGGAACCAUCCAAGGGUGUGUUGUUUGACAGCAGGGAUGUAAAAUUCAUUGAGGGCAUGAUGUAUGGGAGCUGGGAGAAACAGCCGGAGGCAAGGGUGUCCCAGCAGAUGGAGCAGAUCACCAUGCAGCUGGACCUGACUCCUAGUGUGUGGGAGGAGGGAGAGGAGGCAGCUGCUGGAAAUGGUGAUGGAGAGAAGGUACAGGAGGCAUCUUCUGGUGGAGAAAAUGGUGUGGAAACUGGCGGCAGCACUAGUGGAGCUGCUGGACCCGAGGGAGGAGAGAAGCAGCAGGGAAAAACUAAGAAGCCGAAGGGUGUCGUUAUGAAGGGAUGGGAGACACCCGUCUCCAGGCCAGGACGUACCCGUAUGGCUACUAAGAAGCUGACUGCAGGAACUGAUGCAGCAGAGCAGCAGCUAGGGACCGAAGAGGCAUUGCUGAUUCUACCUCAUGGCUAUGACCCGGAUGAGGAGGAUGAGCCUGCGUACUGUUUUCUUGCCCCUGCACCAGAGGAACCAGCUAGCAUGGAGGAGGCAUUAGCUGGACCAGAUAGGGACAAGUGGCUGGCUUCUAGGGAUGCUGAGUACCAGAGUCUGCUGGAGAAUAGGACAUGGGAUCUGGUGGUGCUGCCUGAUGGGAAGAAAGCGAUACAAUGCAAGUGGGUGCUGAGGAUCAAGACCGAUGACAAGGGGCAGGUCACCAUCUACAAGAGUAGGCUGGUGGCGAAGGGGUUUAUGCAGAAGGAGAAGCAGGACUUCAACGAGAUCUUUGCUCCCACUGCCAAACCCCCUACCCUCCGUGUCUUGUUGGCAGAUGCAGCUGUUAGUGGGAAAUUCAUCAUUCAGAUGGAUAUUUCAACGGCAUUCCUGAAUGGGAUUUUAGAGGAGGAUGUGUACAUGACGCAGCCGCCUGGGUAUGAGGAUGAUACGGGCAGGGUGUGCAAGCUCAACAAGUCCAUCUACGGCUUGAAGCAGGCGCCACGCUGCUGGUACCAGAAGUUGGCAGCUGUUUUAGAGGAGAUGGGAUUCAGGACCAGCAGCUGUGAUGAGAGCCUCUUUCUCAAGGGCAAGGGGGAGAAGCUGGUGCUGUUUCUGGUCUAUGUGGACGACAUUCUUCUCUUCAGCAGCAGCAUGAAGGAGAUCCAGAAAGUGCAGCAGCAACUGAUGGAAAACUUCAAGUGCAAGAACCUUGGGGAGGUAAAGUACUACCUCGGGAUGCACGUGGAGAGGGAUCCAGAUCACAGGUGGUUGAAGCUGCACCAGGAGAAGUUCAUCAAGGAGCUGGGGGAGAAGUAUGGGAUUGAGAAUGAGCGCAAGGUUGCAACUCCCCUGCCAGCAGAAUUCAAGCUUGUGAAGGCUGCAGAGGAUGAAGGGGUUGAAGCUGAAGAGCAGCAGCAAUUUCAGUCCUUGGUGGGCAGCCUCUUGUACGCAGCAGUUCACACGAGGCCCGACAUCUCUUUCUCGGUUGGGCAGCUGGCUAGGGUGGUGCAGAAUCCAUCAGAGGAGCAGGUGGAUGCAGCUGAGCGUGUGGUGAAGUACCUGAACUCUCACCCAAGCAUUGGAGUUCAAUACUCCGCAUCUGCACAGGUGAAGCAGAAAGGGGUGGAGGUGCUGAAAGAGAAGGGGGAGAGGCUUGGAGAAGGCAAGCUAUUUCUCACUUGCUUUACCGAUGCUACGUGGGCUUCUGAGAAGGAGGAUUCCUCAUCUGUGGGAGGAUACAUCUGCGUAGUUGGGGGAGGACCUGUUAGUUGGAGGUCCAAGAAGCAGACGGAGACGGCACUCUCUUCCGUAGAAUCAGAGUACAUGGCGAUGUUCCAUGGGGUGAAGGAGGUGAUUUGGCUGAGGAGGCUGUUAGAGGAGAUUGGCCAGGAGCAGAAAGUUGCUACGCCGCUGUUUUGUGAUAGCAAGGGGGCUCUUGGGAUGGCCAGAAACGCUGUGCUUCAUGGGCUGAACAAGCACAUGCGUAUCAAGUGGCACUGGCUGCGUAAGGAGGUGAAGAGGGGGACGGUGAAUCCAAUCUACAUCAAGACUCACCAGCAGCCAGCAGACUUUCUUACCAAGAGGCUUGCGGAUGAGCCUCAUUGGCGUUGUGUGCGCAUGAGUGGAAUGAGCAUGAACUAG